AUGGACUACCAGCAAAAGAACAUGUCAGUUCUAGUUACAGGGGCUACUGGAUUCAUUGCCCAACAUAUAGUCAAUGAUCUUCUGAAGCAAGGCUACAAGGUAAUAGGAACCGUAAGAUCAGAAGAUAAAGGUAAAAAGCUCAAGAGCCAAUUUGGAAAUAAUGAUUUGCUGGAGAUGGAAGUAGUGCCAGAUAUUGCACAACCCAGGGCAUUUGAUGAUAUAUUCAAAAAGUACAGCAGCGAAAUCAAAGUGGUACUUCACACUGCCUCUCCCUUUCAUUUCAGAGCCACUGACUAUGAGAAGGAGCUCUUAAUUCCCGCAAUCCAAGGUACCAAAGGUUUGUUACAGUCGAUCAUGGAAUUCGGUUCACAAACUGUCGAGCAUGUAGUCAUCACCUCUUCCAUUGCCGCAAUCAAGGACACUUACAGGUUCUUAGAAAAGGACCUUGUAUACACAGAGGAUAACUGGAACCCUAUUUCUUGGUCCGAAAGUCAACUCAACCCACAGGAUGCAUACCGUGGUUCAAAGAAUUUCGCUGAAAAGGCGGCAUGGGAUUUCCUGCAGCACAAUAAGGGGCUGAUUAAGUUAAAUCUGACCACGAUAAACCCAGCACUCAUUUUUGGCCCUCAACUGUUUGCCGAAAAUAUUACGGGUACACUGAAUACUUCAGCGGAAGUAAUCAAUUCGUUCCUUCAGUCUAUGCCCGACCGCGAUAUCACGAACAUCAGAGGUGACUUCGUUGACGUUCGCGACGUAUCUAAAGCACAUUUGCUAGCAUUCCAAAAUGAAGAGGCUAUUGGAAAAAGACUUGGGCUAUCGGCAGGACAGUUUAAUGGCCAAGAUUUGGCUGAAAUUCUAAAUAGGAGAUUUCAGCAAUUACGGGGUGUAAUCCCGCCGUGCACCAGUGAGGGCGCUUAUAAGAUCCAGCCAUACGCGAAAUUCGAUAACUCUAAGACAAAGGAGAUACUAGGUUUCGAAUUCAUUACUCUAGAGAAGAGUUUGUGCGAUACAGCAGCGCAGAUUCUCAAAAAGGAAUACUAA